UGGGCUCGCGAAGGCGCCCAAUCACCCACCCUCUCCAUCCAUUUUUUAAAUUUCUUGGCCGAUUUCUCUCUCUCUCUCUCUCUCGCUCCGCAUUUCAGUCCAUACUUGUUCAUGCUUCGAAGGUAGGGUUUUGCUCUCCCUCCCGAAAAAUCCCGAAAAAUCCUCCUCAAAAUCGACUGCAAAUCCCUCCGCAUUGGCCGCCGAUCUGCGGAGGGGCUUGGGGGCGAUGAUGAAGAGCCUGGUGGAUCCGUCGGCGGCGUUCCUGGCCGCCAGCGGAGGCGACACCGUGAAGCUGUUCGACGUGUCCGUGGAGGCCGGCGAUCCGUGCGCGUCGAGCUACGCGCCGUCGCCGGGGAGCCCCGUCCACUCCGUCAAGUGGAAUCACACUAAUUUAGUUGUUGCUAGUGCUGGGGAAGACGGGAAGAUCUCGCUUUGGAGGAAAAAUGGUCAAAGCAUGGGGACAUUAUCAGUGUCUGGGACAGAUGGUGGAGACAACACUGAGGAAUCUAUCAUGGCUAUUAGCUUUAGCAACAAGGGAUCCAGAUACAUAUGCUCCGGGGGAAGUGAUAAAGUCGUAAGAAUAUGGGAUUUGCAGAGGAAGCGUUGCAUUAAAGGGUUAAAGGGUCAUACCAAUACAAUAACAGGUGCCAUGUACAACUGUAAGGAUGAGCACUUGGCUUCUAUCAGUAUCAGUGGAGACCUCAUUCUUCACAACCUUGCAUCUGGUGCAAGGGCAGCUGAACUCAAGGACCCCAAUGCACAGGUACUUAGGGUACUUGACUACUCAAGGAUCAGUCGACACCUUUUGGUAACUGCUGGCGAUGAUGGGACAGUUAAUCUGUGGGACACUACUGGUCGUAGCCCCAAGAUUGCUUGGUUGAAGCAGCAUUCUGCACCAACGGCUGGUGUUAGCUUUUCUCCAUCCAGUGAUAAGAUGAUCGCUAGUGUUGGUUACGAUAAAAAACUGUAUACCUAUGACUCUGGAUCUAGAAGGUUCUCUUCUUGCACUUCUUAUGAAGCACCUUUCUCUUCAUUGGCUUUUAGAGAUGAUGGAUGGAUAUUGGCUGCUGGAACCAGCAAUGGUCGCAUAGUUUUUUAUGAUGUCCGGGCAAAGCCUCAACCUUUCACUGUUCUUCGUGCUUAUAGCAGUUCAGAGGCUGUUACGAGUUUAUGCUGGCAAAGAGCCAAACCAGUUAUUGUGAACGAGAGUAACUGUUCGGCUGAGACUGCUCUUCUUGGAGGUGCUGAUGAAGAAUCAAUACUUAUGCCGGAUCCGCUUCCCUCCGCAGCAUCAUCGAACCUUACAAUGUCUACGUCGGUAUCUGGCUCACGUAAUCCUGGCCGAUCAAGUCUUUCUCUAGAUGCAACUUCGCUGACAACAAGUAGCAGUGGAUUAACCAUGAGCACGCAAAAUUUGGUUUCAUCUGAGGAAACACCCAACAGAAGCCAUCUAUGGCCUGGUGGCACAUUGGCUAGGUUGCAUGCUCCGCGUUCUACAUUUAACCUGAGGGAUGACAUGGAGGUUUUCUCUCCCCUUGUCGACGUCCAGCCAAUUACGCCCUCACUUGAUAAACUAUGGAACGACGAUGAUGGUAGGAAGAAAGAUCUUUCUGCUCUUGAUAAGAGACCUUCUUCGCUGUUGUUUCCUUCAUCCAAUCGACGGUAUCCCUUUACUGAGGAUGGAAGUAACAUUCAUCCUAUAUUUGAUUGGAAAUCUGGCUCCAAUUCAGGACAGGAUGAAAAUCGAAUUUUAACACAGCUUGGAUCUACUCCACCUCCAUCAUCCAAGAGUGAAGAUUCUUCUAUCACUCCUCCAGAAGCUUGGGGUGGGGAAAAGGUAUUGGACAAAUAUGCUCAUCUUCGUCAACCUCUCACUUUGCCCUCUCGUCUUGGAACGUUAGCUGGAAGUCAAACAUCAGGAUCAAUGUUUUCGUUCCAAGAUUUUCCCUCAUCAGUGAGCCCGACAAGUAUCAGCUCUUUAACAAGUUCAAACUUCGAUUACCCAAAUCUGCGGAGUAAAGAUACUUCCAACAUUCAAGAGACUCCACUUGGAUAUUCAGAACUCCCUCCCUCUAGUUCAUUGUCCUUGUCUUUUGGGCCGAAAGGCGUGAUGGGACAAACUACAGUGGAAUCUUCUGGAACAGCAUCUCUGACCCUGCCACGGCGAUUUUCCACUUAUGCUGAGAGAAUAAGCACUACUUCUUCCUUCAGUGACGGACCAUCCAAUUCAGUAGGUUCACCAAAAACCAAGAAAACAGGAAUUGAAACCAAGGAAGAGCUUCUUAGCAGUUUGUUAUCUAGGUCAGAAACAUCAGCCGCCUUGGAACCAGGGACUCUUCCAACAAUCAAUGGAGGAAUACCACAUUUUCAGAGGACAUCUCAUGUGGAUUCACAGCAGGGAAGUUCCUUUACAUUGCAGCUCUUUCAACGAACCCUUGACGAAACCCUAGUUUCCUUUCAGAAAUCAAUUCACGAGGAUAUGAGAAAUCUACACAUUGAAAUAUUGAGACAAUUCCAUAUGCAAGAGAUGGAAAUGUCGAGAGUGAUGGCCUCAAUUCUGGAAAAUCAAGCUGAGUUGAUGAAAGAAGUCAAAUAUCUUCGCAGAGAAAAUCAACAGCUUCGCCAAUUGCUUUGAGAUAAGAGAUAAGAGAACUUAGCUCGAUCAUUUUUGCCGGAAAACGGUUGAAUCUCUCUUCCUUUCAGUGUUUAGAGUCUCUCGAUUGCUUUUGUUUGACUCGAUGAAGAGCGACAGUUUUCUAAUUAAAGUUCAUGCGGGGGGAGUGCAUAGAUGCUAAGAGAGAUAAUGCAAAUGUACUAUGUGAUGUAGGAAUUCACUGUUGUACAGAGUCAUUCUAUUCUGGUGAUAGUGUUCUUCAAGCCAGCAUAAGUUUGUGUGUAAUAUGUAUCAGAUACGUUGAGCUUGUUUGUAGCUUCGAUUUGGCAGAGUGGUAUUGGUUUUCUUC